AUGAGCUAUUUGUACGAGUUGGAUCCCAAGAUCAUGAGAUUGUUAUCUCUUGAUAACUUUUUGGAUAACAUGAGCGUGUACGAGUUCAUCGAGGAACUGAGUAAAGAUCACUCGAUGGGCGUGAAGGAAGUGAGCUCGCUGAAGAAUCUUGAUCCUAAGCCGUUCAUUAGAACGUUCGAAUCCACGCUUAGGGAGUUGCACAGAGUGUCUGCGGAGGCUGCUGAGCGGAGAAGCCAGCUCGAGAAGGAGGUUGCCAAGUACGAGUUGGACCACUCGAGAAACAUCCUGUCGUUGGCUGAAAGAACGGAAUCGGUACAGUCGCAGUUCAAAGCGUUGGAUGAUAAGGUUACAAAGGUUUCGCACGAGAUGAAGCCAUUGACUGAGAGCUUGAACCGGAAAGUGAGUGCUAAGGAGAGAACACAGGCCACUGUUUCCCUCAUCCAGAUCUACAACUCGUUCUACCAAACAGGCAAAUCGCAGGAGCUCGAUAAGUUGAUGAACGGCUCGAUAAAGAGCAAGAAGACGUGUGCGUCCACUGUAGCACAGCUACUCACCCUUUCUCAGAAACUUAUAUCUGACGACUUGCCGAAAUCAGAUCAAUGUCAUCAGACCAUCCAGAAAUAUUCAGAGACAAUGGAGAAUUGGUUGUUGGAGGAGUUUAGUGAGAUGUACAAGGAGAACAACCAUACUGGUAUGAAGAACAUCUCCGACAUCUUGUGUGAUUACAACGAUGGUGUCGGUGUUAUCAAGAACUUUGUCAAUCAGCACAACUACUUCAUUAACGCAGACUCUCUCCAAUCUGCCCCAGUGGAUGAAUCUGUGUGGAUAGCGCUAUCAGAUCCUGCAAAUCAAGAUCUAUUGCAUGAGUCCUUUUGUGAUGAUUUCCUCCUCCAGAUUAAAAAGGUUAUCCAUGAUGAAACUGUCGUGAUCCUACAGGUGUUUAGAGACCCUGUGACCGUGUUGGGUCUAUUCACACAAAGAGUGUAUGCACAACAGAUCCAAACUAAAGUGGAGUCUCUAAUCAAGGACUCGUACGCUGUGAGUACGUUGUCCUACUUGAGAACUUUGUAUUCGUUGUAUAUAACAGUGGCUUCGUUCACAAAGGACUUGAAAACUUUCUUCCAAUCUGCAUUGGAGUCCAAUGAUGCCAAGUUGGAGGAUCUAUUUGCAAUCCUGGACCAGAGUUUCUCGGAUUUAUUCACUCAACACAUUGCUGAAUCCAAAUACUUUGGGCUAGAAAAGAAAACGUUAGAAUCAAUUAUCUAUGCCGAAGUUUCUAAGUAUGAAACAGCAAAUGCUGGGAAAGUUUCAUACAAGUUGAAAUCACGCUUGGCUAACGACUUGAAAGGCGGAGAAGAGGACCGGUUAGAGGCUGAAUUCGAAAGUUUAGAAAGAAAUUCAAGAGUUGGACAAUUGAAGAGUUUUAUGCGUUCACAUCUUGAACGUACAUCUUCUCUCAAAAAGGGAGCUGAGGUUACUGAUGAACCUGUUCCGGAUACUUCGAUGGAUUUGGAUGUCUCGAAGGCUGAAGUGCUAUUGAAAUCGAGCGUUGAGUCAUUGUCCAGAAUGAUUGAGCUCACGCCAACGAAAGUCAGCGAACACUGUAUAGAUAUCUUGGAAAUUGUGACGAUAAAUCUUGGUAAGACCUACCUAGAUAUCGGCCUUGAAGUGUCGUACACAGAACUCGGACAUUUGGACUACAGAGCGGACUAUUUGGAUUUGAAAUUCUUGUCCAAUAUUAGAAGUGCUUCUCAGAUAUUGUUCUUGUCAUCGUCAGGUAUCAGAUCAAUUGUAUUGCCCUUGGUGAAUAACACUCCACAAAUCAGGGAAAGAAUUGUCAAGUAUACGAACAGUUAUGCUAUGUCGGUGGAGCAGAAAAUCAAUAUAAUCUUGAACGAUCUCUUGGUCAUAUUUCAACACAAGGUGACGAAUUGUCUCUCUAAACAGAAGAGAAAAGAUUUCCUACCCAAAGCUGGAGAACUGGUAGACUCUGAUACCCUUGCCUGUGAAUCGCUCUGCCAGUUCCUCUCUGAUACAUUUGAACAAUUGGAAGAACACCUUGACAGCGAGAACUUGAAGUCUAUGUUGCUUGAACUUGGUAUGUUUACUUUCAACCAACUCUUUGAGCACUACAAGAACUACCAGAUCAACUCCAUGGGAGGCAUUGUUGUGACAAAGGAUAUUAUCUCCUUCCAAACCAUCAUUGAAACGUGGAAGAUCCCAGAACUUUCUCAGAAAUUCCAACUGUUGAGAGAGAUUGCCAAUCUGUUUACUGUUCAACCGGACCUGUUAGGCUCCCUGACAACGGAGGGACAGCUCAUGCGUGUCAAGCCUUACAUUUUAAGACAGUUUAUCUCAAAGAGAUCAGAUUAUAGCACCGAAACGUCGUAUUUCGGUAAGUUGAGAGGUAUGAUCUAA